AUGCCCAGGUUGGACAAGGCAGCGAGUGCCUUGUCGCGCUUGAUGCCCAACCUGGGCGGUCCGCGUGGGAAAGUUAGGAGGCUGUACGCCAAUGUUAUCAACUCGAUAGCACUGUACGGGGCCCCAAUAUGGUCGGCCGCUCUGACGGGGAAUAGGAGGGCCAUAGCGGCGCUGAAUAAAACUCAGCGCCGCAUGGCGAUCAGGGCGGUCAGGGGCUACAGGACCAUUUCCCACGCGGCAGCCACGUUGAUGGCCGGGAUGCCCCCAAUAGAAAUGAACGCCCGUGCACACGCUCAAGUGUACGAGCAAGAGGCGGAGCGAAGGGCGAGGGGGAUCCCGGUGCCGAAGAGGGGAAGGAGGCUCCUCAGCGACAUCAAGAAGAGAGUGAGGGAGGAAUGGAGGACGUGGCUGGCCGACCCGAAUCGUGCGGGCCAGAGGACGAUCCAGGCCAUCCUCCCUCACUUGGAUGAUUGGGUAGACCAAUCAUGGACGCGGGCGUCAUACAGGACAACGCAGGUACUCACCGGGCACGGAUGCUUCGGUGAGUACCUGCAGAGGAUACAGAAGGAACCCGAUCCGCGGUGCCACCACUGCGAUGAGGAGAGGGACACGGCGCAACACACGCUGGACAGCUGUCCAGCGUGGGACGAAGAGUGCCGUGUCCUCAUAAACGAAAUAGGAGGAGACCUCUCGCUGCCGGCGGUGGUAAAGGCCGUCACGGAGCGGGAAGAGGCCUGGGAGGCGUUCGCGCUCUAUUGCGAGCGGGUAAUGCUCCAGAAAGAGCAGGCGGAGAGGGAAAGGAGGGGAGAGGAACUCGAUCCUCCGGACCCUCAGCCUGGAGGGAAUGGCA